AUGGCAACCUUUAAUGAGGCUUCCAGUGCCCGUCUUUCCAGUGCUUCAGCUGCCUUCGCUGUUAUAUCCCUCGCCGUCCAGUUAGCCGAAAGUGUCAAAAAGCUAGUUGAGUUCUGGCAGGCUGUUGAGGAUGCACCAGGAGAAAUUUGUGACCUCUUCAACGAUUUGGAGCUUUUGUCGGCGGCCCUAAUACAAAAUGAGAAAAAGUUUGCUCAGCAUAGUCCCUAUGAUCCGAUUGCCAAGCGAAUCUUAACCAAAUGUCAGAAGAGAGUUGGACAUCUUUCGUCAAAGCUGUCUCCUACGAUGACCGCAUUUAACUCAUUCUCAUCUCGCAAGAGGAAGUGGGCUGCUCUGAAAAUUACUUUGAGAAAAGAAGAAAUCAGAAAAAUGCGUGAGUCGGUAGGAGAAUCUUUGGUGGCCGUGCAGAUGAUCAAGCAAGAUGCUAUUUUUGAUAUGGUGGAAAUGGCUCUUCGACAUCAAGAAGCUACCUCGAAAGGCAUGAGCGCGAUUCAGGAGUUUGUAGUACAAUACUCGCAAAGCCACAGGCAUAUGGAUAGGUCCACAUCGUUUCUCCCCUCAUAUAAUAUGCCCAUACUCUCAGCGGGCGGGGAUACUUCAGAUGCAGGCCUACCGUAUUUGUGUCAAGGCAAUAAAAUUCAUGUCUGUUCCCAGACUACUGAUACCGUGGUUUUGCGGAAAAAUCUAUCUGCGCCCUCGGGAGGAGUCUCAGCCAAUAAUUCCAAGGAACAAAUCACUGCUCAAAGGGUUUCUAAAAUGCAGUCGUGGGAGGCUGACGGCCAGACACCUAUCUUCUCAUUUCGAGUCAGGUCCUCAUCGACGAAAAGGACAAGUAGACAUGUAUUGGGUUCUCGGGAGACCGUUGAGACAAAAGUUGGCGUAGUCUUCUAUCCAGCCAAAUGGUUACAUCGUCUUGGUGUAAGUGUGGGGAUUCGCAUGUCAGCAACCGUUGAUAAUGGUUGGAUGUUCACAUUCAAUUCCUUUGGUGCUGUUCCCGAGGAUGCAUUGAUUUUCGACCUUUGUCGACAAGGUAAUGUCGCCGGUGUCAAGAUCCUCCUGGAUCGUGGCGAUGCAUCUCUAGAAUGUGAGAAUCCGCUGGGCAAAACGCCAUUAUGGACCGCAGUCAAUUAUGGCCAAGUAGACGUGGCGAGAUUUUUGAUUUCCGCUGGAGCCAAAGAUACAGCUACUGAUAUCAACCUAUGGCGAAACCCCCUGGUACUUGACGCUCGAUUGAAAAUUGGCAUGGUUGAGACUUUAGAAUUUUACUCAAAAUCCAAAGACGAUGAUAGUAAAUACGGUACUAUUGGCAGGAUGGCGAUGUUCUACACUCCAAGCAAACAGCCCAACAUGACUCAAGAAGAACUCUCCGACAACAUGUUAUGUGUAUUUAAAGCUUUAAAUCCAUCUUUACGCACUGGUAAUGCAGCUCAGGCGAGCUACCUUCGAGGAAUGGUAUCAGAUGGUCACGCAGGAAAGCUCAUACAUUGGUUGAUAGGUAGAAUCAAGGGAGCUCUCGAAAUAGAGGAAGACAGCAUUAGUUCCUACUCUUUACUCCACUAUUUAAUUGGGGCCCGGUUCCUUCAUAGAGAUCAGCUUUCUGUGAAAAUGAUUAUGGAGAGGACAACAAACUUACAUAUUUGCCAUGGUUACGGGUCUUGGGGCCCACACGAACCACAGACCCCAACAGUUCUGGCUAUGUAUGACCAAGACAUGUUCAUUCCAUGGCGGAGGCUUCUUCAAGAAACAAAACAAGACAUGAAUGCGUUCAUCGAGCGGGAGCUCGAUGCUAAACUUUUGCCCUCCAUGGGUUGGACGAAAGCAACACUAGAGGCCUUGUUCCGACACCACUUCAACACACCCAUUUACAAGGGAAGGAGAGCCUUCAAUGGGUUUCCUGAAUGUGACAGAUGCAAACAUCUCAGUGUCUCAGUUGGCAUGUAUCGCGUUAAGAUCGAUCUUGAAUUCAGAAGACAACUUCGAGAGAUUAGGACUGGUCGUGCUCAAAUGCCCCAUUCCUCGCAUACAAGACCUGAGAAGGAUGGCUCGACCUCGACCGUAAUUGCUGACAAAAGUGGAAAGUCGAUACCAAACAGUCAACGGAAGACGUGGCUACCAUUACCUUAUCGCUUUGUAUGUUCCGAUAGAUGCCGUGAUCGCGUUUCUGUCCAUGAUGUAUUUGAAAAUGAUUCAGAGGACCUACCAGUAUUUCCACCAUAUGUCUCCGAGGAGGAACAAUUGCGACUAGAGCACUUACGCUUAACAGAGGAGGAGGCAAAAUUCGACUUUUGGAAAGCGGUCGAAGAUGCUCCGGAUAACAUUGCGAGUAUCUUUCGAGAACUUGGACUUCUUUCCAAGAUCUUGACACAAAGUCACGAACUAGCGCAACUCCAUUCGUUUUCUGAUAUAUUCGACGAAGCCCUGAAAGAUUGUUGCUCCAAGAUUCUCAAACUUCAUUCCAAAGUGGAAGACACGAGACGGAACCUCAGUUCUUCAAAAAUACGAAAGCGGAAAUGGGCUGCUUGGAAGAUUGUGUUGCAGAAAUUCUUUACAAAAGUCUAUCUCGGAAGCGAAAACAAACAUACUACACAUUCAAGUCAACAGCCUUUUAGCUCUGAAUUGAGCACUCAAAUAUCUGGAAGGAUGCAAAUAACGGAACAGCAGCUAGCAAGGAUUUCAACAGAAAAGCAGGAUCCGUUGAGUCUGUCGGCCGGAUGCCAUGAGAAAAAGCUAGCGCACUUCUGCCCUGACUCGAUAGGACAAAGAUUGACUUGGAAAGAUGACGAUAAACAAUGCAAUAAGCCGCCACUUGAAUAUGCGAUCGCGGUAUCGCCCAAACCAAGAGCGAUCGGUUCACGAAAGCGCAACGUCUAUGUUUACAAGAGACGUCAGAUUAAUGGACCAUUUUCGAAUUUCUGGAAAGAAUCUAUGAAAACUACGGAGGAAGUCGUCCACGCAUCUGGGGUCAAAGAAACCGUGGAAGAAGAAUCUCAACUGAUCAUAUACCCUUCAAAGUGGCUUGCUAAACUUGGUGUUGGAUAUGGCAUCGAGUUGUCUAUUCUAGCAUCAAGAGGAUGGCGAUACUCUUUCCAGCCUUUUCGCGCAGUUCCUGAGAGCUCUUUAAUCUUUCAAUUUUGCCGUGAAGGUAAUCUUGGUGGCGUCAGAACGCUACUCAGUAGAGGAGACGCUUCUCCUCAUGAUAGGGAUCCAUUGGGUCGGACUCCAUUAUGGUAUGCCGCUCUCCAUCAUCAAAUGGAUAUAUCCAAGUUACUGCUCUCGGAAGGUGCAGAUGUACAGGUAGGGGAAUGGACAAAGCGAGUGAAACCCAUUGGUGCUCUCUAUCUUGGGGAAUGCCAUGAUGUAAAGUUGAAAAUUGCAAUGGCGGAUCUCUUGGGACGUUAUGAUACAGAAGACGAGGAAUUCAAGUACCAUAUAAUUCAGAGGUUUCUACUUUUCUUUCGACAUGGCAAAAAGUUGGAUCUUUCCUACACCGAAAGAAAUGAGGCGGCACUUUCUAUCGUCCAGCAGAUAGGUUUCAUCUAUCUCCGAACCUCCGCCGACCUUUGUGGGUUUCUUUGGAGCUACAUAUUGCCCUUUCUUUACGAUGGUCCAGUACUACAGUGGGUUCUAAACAGUGUACCGGGCAAAAUACAUAACACAGAGCAAAGACCGAUACUUCAUGAUGCUUUGAAAAAAGGCCUGCUGUUGCGGGAUGCUUUAGGGACGAAGACCCUUGUUGAAAAAACCACAACGGCAGAUCUACAUCUUUGUUUUGAAGGACUAUCCAAUUAUCCUUCCAUUUUGGGAGAAACGCCGACUAUGCUAGCAAUGUACAGUGGGAGAGGAUUCUUGGUCUGGCGUACUCUUUUGAGAGAUCUAGAGUUUGACAUAUCAGACUUCGUCACUCAAGAGCUAGCAGCGAUGAAAUCACAGUAUGAUGGAUGGACCCAAGAUACGCUCAUGGAAUUAUUUGAGAAAGAUCCACCUGUUUCCCCCCUUCCCGAACCAGAUAGCCAAACUCCCGGUAUCUAUCACUGUGAUAGAUGUCAACGACCUAUAACUAUAGGCAAUAUACAUCAAAAAGUAGAUCUUGAAUGGAGGCGCACGCUCCGAUCAAUCAGAACGGGAAAAAAGAACGUGGAAAUCGUCGAUAAUAAUUCGUCACUGGCAGGAGAAAUCGGCGCUACUAUCAUCGAUCGCACUGAUAAGAAUACUAUGGAAACAAGUUUCGAUCCCCUGCCCUAUCGUUUGGUCUGUCCCCAUGAUUGUGAGGACGGAGUUUGUGUGGCAUGGGAAUAUGAGGGUUUUGAGCCGCCAAAUUUCCCACCGUACAUCCCAAAAGAGGAAAGAGAACGUCUCAAACAAUUACGCUUAGCCGAGGAGGAAGCGAAAUGUCCUACUUAUACUAUGCCUGGGGCUUUCAGUGUUCAGUGA